AUGGAGGAUUUAGGAGUCUUACAUUGGUUCUUAGGCACUGAGUUCAAAUGUUCUGAUGGUAUGAUAGAGAUGAACCAAACUCGCUAUAUUGAAAAGGUGUUAGAAAAAUUUGGAAUGAAUAAUUGUAAACCUAAGAGAACCCCAUCUGUUCUUGGAUUUGACAAGGUUAUUGAUAUGGAAUCACCUGUCUUAGAGGAUCCCAACUCCUAUAGGCAGAUUGUUGGAAGCCUUAUUUAUGUCAUGACAGGUACAAGACCAGAUUUGUGCCACAUUGUGACAAAGUUAUCUCAACACAUGUCAGAACCUACGGCAGCAGCUUUAAAUGCAGCAAAGCAUGUUCUUAGGUACUUGAAAGGAACGUCUGUUUUAAGUUUAAAGUUCAGAAAAAUGAAACAACCUUUGGAGUUGAUAGGUUUUAGUGACUCUGUUUGGGGAGGUUGUGUUAGUGAUAGAAAGAGUAUUUCAGGUUAUUGUUUUCAACUGUCAGAAUCAGGACCUUUGUUGUCCUGGAAAAGUAAGAAACAGCAGACAGUUGCACUGUCCACAUGUGAAGCCGAAUAUAUCGCACUGGCUGAAACUGUGCAAGAAGGUAAGUUUUUAAAGCAGUUGUGUAUUGAUUUAGGGAUAUUACAGGUAAGUAAUAAGGUGUUGAUUAAUGCUGAUAACCAAGGCGCGAUCAAGUUAGCAAGGAAUCCAGCAUUCCAUAAGCGGUCCAAGCAUGUUGACAUAAAAUAUCAUUUUAUAAUGAGCGAAGCGCAGCAAGGCGCAAUAAGCUUAAGGUAUAUCGCAAGCGAGGAUAAUUUAGCGGACAUAUUCACAAAACCGGUAAGUAAAGUUAGGAUGGAUAAGUUCAAACAUUUUAUCUGUAAUUAG